UCAGGUAGAGAUCAUACAGCAAUUUUCCGUCUGGCCAAAAUGAGAUACGCAUUCUACAUCUUGAUUCCUCUCUUUUUCUACAGUGUCUUGGACCGCUUGUUCGACACCUGGUUGCCUACAAAUUACAGGUUCAGCAAGGACAAGUUGGUGGAAUUGUCCAGAGAAGUCAUCGCCAACCAUCCAGAUGGAAAUGCCACUGCCAUCAUGAUUGAAUUGGCUCCAAAGAUCAAGGCAGAAUACCCAGAUCUCAUCAACGACUUGAACUUUGACGACUGGGUCUACAACAACGCCGGUGGUGCCAUGGGUACCAUGUUCAUUUUGCAUGCUUCGAUUUCUGAAUACCUCAUCUUCUUUGGAACUGCCAUUGGAACAGAGGGUCACACUGGUGUUCACUUUGCUGACGACUACUUCACCAUCUUGAGUGGUAAGCAGCUUGCUGCCUACCCUGGUGCUUUGGCUCCAGAAGUGUACUUGCCAGGAGACUGCCACCAUUUGCCAAGAGGAGACGUCAAGCAAUACGCUAUGCCUGGUGAAGCUUUUGCUUUGGAAUUGGCUCAAGGUUGGAUCCCUGCUAUGUUGCCAUUUGGUUUCAUGGACACCAUCAGUUCCACAUUGGACAUCCACACCUUCUAUAGAACCUCCUACUUCACCGGUAAGGAUAUGAUCAGAAACUUGCUCAACGGUAAGUUUUAGUCAAUAUAGAAAUACCGAGCCAUAGAUUGUAUAGAUGCCAACAAAAAUUUAUAUUUGAAGCAAUUAUUAAUGUUUGUAU